AUGUCGGCCGCAGUGGAGGCUCCUCACCAAUAUAAGCAGCCUUCAAGGAAAGGCAAGAAGGCGUGGCGGAAGAAUGUCGACGUCUCCGAGGUUCAAGAGGGUCUCCGGGCCUUGAGGGAAGAAGAAAUCAAAGGAGGUGUCGUUGCAGAGAAACCUUCAGAAGAGCUUUUCACCAUCGAUACUACCGGUUCAGAAGAAAUCCGGAAAGCAUACCUGAAGCACCACAAGACUCUGAAGUCCGAUGAGAUUAUCGCCCAGCGAUCUGCAAUUCCCGCCGUUGAUAGCAGGAAGCGAGCAAACUCGAAAGUAACCGAUGGAGUCAUUGAGCCAAAGACGAAGAGGCACAAGAGUGACUACGUCAGUCGCAAGGAAUGGCUGCGCUUGAAGCAGGUUGCGCGAGAAGGAAACCCCGAUGCGAAGAAAGAGGGAGAUGAGAUCUACGAUCCCUGGGCAGACACGGAAGAGACAACCGCUUAUGAGGACCCAAAAUUUGACUUCCUAGAGAAACCCAAGUCCAAGGUGGCCCCUCCUACGAUAAAGAAGGCACCAAUCUCUCUUACCGCCAACGGAAAGCCUGUUCCAGCGGUGAAGAAACCUGACGCAGGAGUAAGUUACAAUCCCUCUUUCGAAGACUGGGAUAGACUCCUGGCAGAGGAAGGCCAAAGGGCGGUAGAAGCAGAGAAGAAGCGCCUUGAGGAUGAGCAAAGAUGGCAGGAGAGACAGCGCAAAAGGGCGGAGGCUGAAGCUCAGGGUGACGAUGGUGAAGUGAAAUCCGAUGACGAAAGUGCAUGGGAAGGGUUUGAGAGCGAGUACGAGAAGCCUGAGUGGUUAAAUAAAAAGAGACCCGAGAGGAAGACCCAGUCUCAGAGGAACAAGAUUAAGAGGCGCAAGGAAGCUGAGAGGAAAGCCAAGUGGGAAGAGCAAAUGAAGAAGAGACAGCAACAAGCAGAACAAGUCAAGAGCAUCGCCAAGAAGGUCGAAGAGGAAGAAGAAGAACGCAGGAAACGCCAGGAACGGGGAGGUGACUCUUCAGAUGAAGGUGACGACACGAAAUUGCGUCGACGACCUCUUGGGAAGAAUCCUGUCCCCGAGAAGCCAGUAGAAGUUGUGCUGCCGGACGAGCUCCAGGAAUCGCUUCGUCUACUCAAGCCAGAGGGUAAUCUUCUGGAUGAUAGAUUCCGGAAUCUGAUUGUCAAUGGAAAGCUAGAGUCCCGAAAGCCGGUAACGCAGCCAAAGAAGGCCAAGAGGAAGACGACGGAGAAGUGGACAUACAAGGACUUCAAGGUUCCUGGGUUGGAGUAA